CUCUCCCACAUCACACUCCCCUCCCUCGCCACCCAAAAUGAACGCUGCAUUCGGAGGCAGCGCAACGGUCGAUCCGACGCCGGCGCCGACCCCGCCCCCGCCGCCAACGACGAACCUCUCCUUCCCCGUGCUUCCCCAGAGCGACAUUGACCAGGUGGCUGCUACCAUCCUCCACCUCUUCGACCCGGCGACCUCAUGCAACCCCGCCCUCGCGAAGAGCUUGCAGCAGCAGCUGCAGGAGCUUCAGGCGCGCCCCGAGGCAUGGGGGCUCAUUGCAGGGUUGGCACACCAUGACGACCCAAAUGUUCGGUUCUUCUCGGCACACACGGCGCAGGCCAAGAUCUCGCGCGACUGGGAGUCGCUGCCGCAGGAGCUGCAGCCGUCGCUGCUCCACCUCCUGCUGAACACGCUGUCCGAGGCCAUCUCGCCUACGAACCCGCAGACAUGGCAGCCGGCGAAUGCGGUCGUCGUGCGCAAGUUAUUUGGUUGUCUCUCCUCCCUCAUCCUCCGCCUCCCAUUCCACAUCUUCCCCAACCCUAUCCAAACGGUCCUGGGCACCAUCUCGUCUGCGCUCGCUCGCGCCACUACCCUGCCCCCCUCCGCCCCAGUGAGCGGGUACAACACGCCCCAGCGCCCGUUCUCCAACGGCUUCGGGAUGGGCGACGAGGCCAAGUUCCGCAGUCGGCUGCGGCUGUGGGCGCUGGAGUGGUGUGGCAUCUGUGUUGAGGAGAUUUCGCGUGCAGGUAUCAGCGAGCAGAAGAGGAACGCGUUGAGGCGCCACCUCGACCUCGACGUGCCCGCCGUCAUGGCGACGAUCACCGAGUCGAUGGACGGCGAGGCGGUCCAGUCUCCUGCGGACCGCAUCAAGUCUGCCGAAGCGGCGUGUAAGUGUGCCACCAGCUGGAUCAACUACGGCCUCGGCGCCGACGAGCUCUCGGCACUUCUGCCACACCUUUACGCCCUCCUCCCACUGCCUGCGGCGUCUACCACGCUUGUUGAGGUUCUCUCCGAAUCAAUCUUCAAGUACGGCAAGGGAACCAAGAUCCUCACCGAGCCACUACUUGCCUGGGUCAUUGGUCCGAAUGGCCAAGGGCUGAUAGGCAGCGCCGACGACGAGCCAUCAGAAGCUGUCGAGGCGUUCACCAAGAUGCUGUGUGCACUGGUGGAGCACUCGUCGGCCUGGCUCGUGGAGCGCCUGCAGCAGGCCGACGUGCAGGCCUUCUUGGCCACAGUCCUUCGGAUCACUGGGUGGCAGGGCACGGGCGGUGUGGACGAGAACGUGUCCGACCUCACCCUGCCGAUCUACCCAUACAUCCAGGAGGCGAUCAUGGACUCGGACGUGUUCUCCGAGCCACACGAGACGAGUGAAACCUGGGCUGUCGCCAAGUCGUUCUUCCGCGAGCUCGUCGACGUCACAAGACGCAAGGUGCGCUGGCCGGGCUCGGGAGAGGACUCGUCCCUUGGCGGUCUGGAUCGCGAGGACCGCGAGGCGUUCGACAACUGGCGCCGGGACGCCGGAGAGGUCAUUGUCGGCGCUUACUACAUCCUCCGGGACGAGAUGCUCGACUCGCUCACGCGUAUCGCGACAGAUCAGGUGUCCAGCCCCGCCACACCGUGGCAGGACAUCGAGGCAACGCUCCACUGUAUCCGCUACAGCGGCGAGGGCGUACCCCUCGCCGAGCGUGUGUCAUUACCAGUUCUGUUCUCAGAGCAAGUCCUGGGUCAGUUGCAGCAGCGCCCAACGGCUGGCUUGGGAGAGGAGAGGCUGAGGCUCACAGUUGUGUGCAUGAUUCGCGCCUACGAAGAGUGGUUCAAGUUCAACCCCGAGCACCUGCUUCCAGUGCUCAACUACCUCGUACCCUCGCUCACCUCCUCCCACCUCGUUGCACCAUCUGCUGCCGACUCGCUGAAGGCGCUCUGCGACAUCUGCCGCAACAAGCUGGUCAACCACAUUGGCGCCUUCUCCGAGCUCCACGGCAAGAUUGGCGACCUCGGCCCGGAGGAACAUCCCAAGGUCAUCGAGGGCAUCACCUCGGUCAUUCAGGCACUGGCCCCUGCCGAUGCUGUUGCCCCGGUGCAGGGCAUCCUCGGUCCGAUUGUCGAGCGCCUGGGCCAGGCGGUGGCCGCUGGUCAGUCAAACCCCGUCGACGCCGCCCCACUCCUCGUUCAGGCGAUGAACUCGCUCACGGCGUGCUUCAAGGGCCUGUCGCCAUCAGACGACGACAUGUUCGACUCGCUCGAAGGCGACGACGAGGUCAAGGCGGCUGCCAUCAAGGUCGCUCGUGCCGACCCCGGCAUGGUUGUGCUGAGGCAGCAAGCCGAGACGGCCAUCUCAGGCGUCGUGACAGUGUGGAACGGCGAUGGUGAGGUCGCCGACGCGAUCUCAAGUCUGUUGAAGCAGGCAACGUUGUCGUCGACCGAGACGUUGAUCUCGCUCUCGCCACUGCCACUGCUGUCACUUGUCUGCGCGGCGUGCGAGCAACAGCCCUCGGCUCUGUGGAUGUCGCUCGCGUCGACUCUCACCCUGCGCAUUGGCACCGCCACAUCCCCUCUGCAGCUGAAGAAAGACCGUACGGAUGCCGAGGAGGCGGCGAAGACAGAAGAGGACUCGCAGCGGUGGAACGUGGUUGCCGACGCCGGUACUCGCCUGGUUGCAAUCGCGGGCAACAUGCUUGGCGUGCCCGGCGGCAUGAGGGAUAACCCGGACGUCGUCGAGGCGUGGUUCAAGUUCUGCUCAGCAAUCUCAUCCAGAUACCCUGGUGUGCUCCUCCGCCUCCCGACGCAGGUCAUCGAAGCGUACAUGUCCCUGGGCAUCAUGGGCCUCGGUACACAGGAGCGCUUCUCGCUGAAGACGGCGGCCGAGUUCUUCAUCGCCCUGUUCGCCAACACGCGCUACCCCUCGCCACUUGAGAGCUCUGUCGAGCCCCUAAUCUCGCACUUUGGCCCCCAGAUCCUGCGUGCCCUCCUCCUCUCCGCCGGCUCGGAGGGCCCGCGAUCCGUCAUUCCCAACCUCGCCGAGCUGCUUGCGUCGCUCGUUACCCGCGUACCUGGACCAGACAUGUCCAACUGGCUCGACGGGGUGCUGGCCGAGGAAGGCUUCCCCGACCCUCGCGCGACGGCCGAGUCCAAGGCUCGCCUCAAGGGCACAAUCUUGCGCUCGCGAACGUCCAAGAAGAUGCAGGCUGCGCUGCACGAGUUUGCGCUCGUCGCCCGCGGCCUGGCCAACACGACGUACGGCAACGCAACGGCCGUGGACCGCAGCUGAGCCCCGCCGUCACUUGCACCUAUAGAUACUAUAAACACCUGUACC